CCACAGGAUCUCUUUCAAGAAGGAUUGGGCUGGCAUAAURUAACAUUCUGGUACUCAUGGGUGAAAGUGAGUGAAAGGCCUGAAGAAAAUCUGUCUUAGGAUGUUUCCUUUGGGUUUGUGAAGACUUCAGGAAAUYCAGUCCUGGUGAAUCCAAGGAAAAGUAUGGAAAGACUGUAGAUUGCACACUGUGCUAUAAUGUGCACCAAUSCAUUGGGUCUGGUACCCAACACCUGACUUCAGCAUUUCAGGACUGAUUGUUGAAGGGAAAACCUGAAUGGYCUGGAGAAAUAAAUGAAAAUGGACAUCUGUAGUUGAAGAAGGCUUAAUUUGCAAAUCUGGCAGAAAUUAUGUUUACAGAGGGAAUCCAGAAGUACUGUUUUAUAUCUUAGGUACUUUACUAAUAAAGUGUCCCUUGUAAAUACACAAAASAUGACAGACAGCUAUUAGAGAGAAAAGGAAAAUACUCUUGAGGGUAGCUUUGUCCCAAGCAWAGAGGCAUCAGCUGAAUGCCCAGAUGUUUCUUUUCUGUCUCUUACUCCUCAGUAUUGAUUUAUGCAGCUUUGCAGAAGAUUAGGUCAGAAAGGAGGUGUGAAAAAAAGAUAAUAAAGAAUGACUUAAUUUUCUUCAAGAUUAAAACCACCURAAUUCCCAUUGCUUAUAGUACUGUUUUCAUUGUCAUACACCAAACUCAUGUCUGGAUGACAUUUUGCUUUAACAAUUAUGUAAUUGAUGUGAUGUGAUGGAAAAUGUUGCUUAGGAGAGUACCUCAUCUACUGUUUCAGCUGAAGUUUCCAACAAGUUAAUAUUUCUUCAGUGUUGGACCGAAGUAGGAAAUGUUCUAUUUUAACAAAAAAAGUGAACUUCUUUCUUCAUCAUCCCAGAAAGAUUACACUGGAAGGUGAAGUUGGAGGAUGACUCAGUACAACCAUUCAGCACAGUUCUCUCUCCAGAGCUCCACAAACAAAUCAUUAAAUUUCACUGAAACACCACUGUCUUGGGAUGAAAGAACACUCUUAGGGCUGAAGAUUUCCCUGUCGRUCUUUCUGUCUCUUAUAACUUUGGCCACAAUCCUUGCAAAUGUUUUUGUUGUUGUUACAAUUUUUCUGACUAGAAAGCUCCACACACCUGCAAAUUACCUCAUAGGCUCCUUGGCAGUGACUGAUCUCUUGGUGUCUGUGCUGGUAAUGCCUGUCAGCAUUGCUUACACUGUCACCCAUACGUGGGCUUUUGGCCAAGUGCUGUGUGAUAUCUGGUUGUCAUCAGACAUCACGUGCUGCACAGCUUCCAUCCUUCACCUCUGUGUGAUAGCACUGGACAGGUACUGGGCUAUCACAGACGCUUUGGAAUACACCAAACGCCGGACUGCUGGCCGAGCAGCCCUCAUGAUUGCUGUGGUCUGGAUGAUAUCUAUCAGUAUCUCUGUGCCACCGUUUUUCUGGAGGCAAGUGAAAGCCCAUGAAGAAAUUGCGAAGUGUACAGUGAACACAGAUCAAAUUUCCUAUACAAUUUAUUCUACUUGUGGAGCUUUCUACAUCCCAACCGUGCUCCUAUUGAUAUUGUAUGGUAGAAUUUAUGCAGCAGCUCGAUCCAGGAUUCUGAAUUCACCCUCAUUAUAUGGGAAACGUUUUACUACUGCACACCUGAUCACUGGUUCUGCAGGGUCCUCCCUCUGCUCCAUUAAUGCUAGCCUCCAUGAAGGGCAUUCCCAUACAGGUGCAUCCCCAAUAUUUAUCAGUCACGUUAAAAUAAAACUUGCAGGUAGUAUGCUGGAAAGGAAAAGAAUUUCUGCUGCAAGAGAAAGGAAAGCUACCAAAACUUUAGGAAUUAUUCUGGGAGCUUUUAUUUUCUGCUGGCUGCCUUUUUUUGUCACAUCCCUAGUCCUACCAAUCUGCCAAGAUGCUUGUUGGUUUCCUCCCAUACUACUGGACUUUUUUACCUGGUUGGGUUACCUAAACUCAUUAAUCAAUCCAGUCAUUUAUACAGCUUUUAAUGAAGAAUUUAAACAGGCUUUCCAAAAACUAAUACUUUUCAAAAAGUGUUCAUCUUGAGACUCUCCUCUUGUGUAAGUGAUCCUUGUGAAACCUCACAGCCUACCUGAAAAUUUCCAUGCUUUUAUUCCUAAGGAAUGGAGUGAUAUUUGCCAUCUCUGCUGCUACCAUGUUCUGUGCAUGUAACUGGGAAUUUCUUGCCAAUUUGAUACUUUCUGUCUGGGAUUGUACAUUCUGUAACAGAACCCAUCCAUGGUCUCUGCUGUGAUCAUACCUGUAUAUAAGAUCAACAACACAUGAAAGAAGCUUUGCUACGAGAGAAGGCGUGUGAACCAGGAAGCUGGUCUUGUGUUAUUAUCCAAUUCUACCAUGUUUUGUAACCUGACGGGAGGAAAUUGUGUGUGUAUUUACAAGACRUUAGUAUUUCUGUUGUGUAUUAUUAACCAUUUAUGUAGGCUGAGAAAGUUUCUAGAGAGCAGGAUCUGAUACUUACAUUUUCUAUGGCAUGUAUCUAACCCAUGUGAAGCUGAUAAAACCUGUAACUUUUUCAGAAGAUGUGUGACACAACCUGACUAUAAUCAGCAGCAGGGCAGAGAGGCAUAGGACAGAUGUAAGUUAUGUGGAUAUUUCACAAAGGCUGCAUUUGAAGCUAUGCUUUUGGUGAACUGUAGAAAGAUGACARUUUAUUUGUAUUAAUUAUUACAUAUUUUAUCAUGAAUAGAAUAGUCAGUGCAGAAAUACUACAAAAUAAAUAGCAUGAAAAUUAUUG